CCCUGAUACAAAGAGGUGUAACGUUUGUGGUGGUCAACAUGAGGCCACUUUAUGCAAGUUUAGAUAUUACGUGUGCCGAGUAUGCAACAAGGAGGGGCAUUUAAAAAGGAUGUGUCCAAAAUUUAGAGGUGGUUAUUCUAAGCUUCAUCACCUUUCAGAACAAAGGGUGAGGUCCGACAGUGAGGAUAAUGACAGUGAAGAGUUCCAGAUAUUGUGAGGUGUUUGAGGACGGGUUGGGAAGGUUCACGGGCGGCAAGGUCGGAUUCCGACUGAAAAGCGCGGCGCGGCCGGUAUUCCUGCGCGCGCGACCGCUGGCGUACGCACUGCGCGAGCCCGUCGAGCGCGCGCUCGACCAGAUGGUGCGCGACGGCAUCCUCUCGCCCGUCACCAGCUCCGACUGGGCAACGCCCAUCGUGCCGGUCAUGAAGAAGGAUGGUACGAUACGUAUAUGUGGUGACUUUAAACUAACAUUAAAUAAAUGCCUAGAGGUGGAUCGUUUUCCAUUACCGAGAGUAGAGGAUUUAUUGACUAAAUUGCACGGUGGUCAAAAAUUUUCAAAAAUUGACUUAUCACAGGCCUACGCCCAGUUAGAGUUGGACGACUCUAAAGAAUGUACAGUUAUAACCACUCACAAGGGUCUAUUUAUGUAUAAUAGAUUGAUAUAUGGUCUAGCGUCUAGCCCCGGCAUUUUUCAAAGGAAAUUAGAGCAACUUUUUGGGGACCUACCCCAAGUAGGGGUUUUCCUAGAUGACGUCAUCAUUACCGGUUUAGAUGAUAAACAACAUUUAGCUACUUUAGAAGAGGUAUUUUCUAGGUUAAGGAAAUGUGGAUUAAAAGUUAAAAAAGACAAAUGCACAUUCUUUGCGGACUCCGUGACAUAUUUAGGGUUAACAAUAAGCGAAAAAGGAGUGCAUACCUGCCCAGAGAAAAUCGAGGCUAUAAAAAACGCCGCAGCGCCUACGAAUGUGACGGAGUUGCGUUCUUUUCUUGGGUUGGUCAUGUACUAUGCAAGGUUUGUUCCAAACGUAAGUACCGUCUUGUCACCAUUGUAUGAGUUAUUACGAAAAGAUAAUAAAUAUGAAUGGAAUAAAACAAGGGAUAGGGCAUUCCAAAAAAUUAAAAAAAUGUUAGUAUCCGGUGAGGUUUUAGCACACUAUUCGCCGGAUUUGCCGUUGUUGUUGACAACCGACGCGAGCAGUGUGGGGGUCGGCGCGGUCAUAUCGCACGUGACGCCGGGCGGCGAGCGGCCUAUAGCCUACGCAUCUCGGGCACUCAAUACAGCAGAAAAGAGUUAUUCACAAAUAGAACGAGAAGCACUGGCAAUUAUUUAUGGUGUUAGAAAAUUUCACCAAUACCUUUACGGUAGGAAGUUCACAUUGAGAACGGAUCAUAAACCCUUGGUAACUAUUUUUGGUGAUAAAACAGGCAUACCCGUGAUGGCCGCCAGUCGCAUGCAGCGCUGGGCUGUGAUCUUAGCGGGCUACCACUAUGACAUUGAAUACGUGCGCAGCGAGAACAAUGUGGCGGACACAUUAUCCCGUUUGCCGAUUGGGCCAGAACCGAAACCCCACCUUGAGGCUACUUAUAUUAAAUUUAUUCAAGAUUUUUUACCUGUUACUCGAAAAGAGGUUGUAACCGAAUUAGUUAAAGAUGAGGUAAUUAAAAGAGUAGUGAGGUACAUACAAUCUGGUUGGCCUCCAAGUUGUACUGAUUCAGAACUCAAACCUUAUUUCACACGCCGUAAUGAGUUAUAUUUGGACAUGGGCUGUGUAGUUUGGGGCUAUAGGUUGGUAAUACCUAGUAGUUUGCGUAAGAACUUGUUAAAAGAAAUGCAUAUAGGACAUCUUGGAAUUGUUAAAAUGAAAAGUAUAGCGCGGGGCAUAGUUUGGUGGCCAGGGAUAGACGCCGAUAUUGAAAGAGUUUGUAAGGAUUGCGCGACGUGUGUCGCAGAGGGGUCUGCCCCGCCACGGGCGCCUCCACAGUCGUGGCCGUAUGCGCCUGAACCAUGGACGCGGUUACAUGCCGAUUUUCUGGGACCCAUCCAGGGUUACACAUUUUUAGUAAUUAUAGAUUCGACUACUAAAUGGAUAGAAGUGUUUCAUAUGAAUAGGACGACGGCUAGUUCGGUUAUAAAAGUAUUACGUGAAACAUUUGCUCGUUUUGGUUUACCACGACAAAUUGUUUCAGACAACGGCCCUCCGUUUUCGAGUAGGGAAUAUGCUGAUUUUAUGAGUAAGAACGGUAUAAUGGUCACUUUUUCAGCCGCGUACCACCCGUCAUCAAACGGAGCGGCCGAGGGCGCCGUCAAGCUUUGUAAGCGGGCAGUAAAAAAGGCAAUGCGGGAUAAAAUUGAUAUAGACGCAGCGCUCCAGUCAUAUUUAAUGGCUUAUCGUAACGUUGAACAUAGUACCACUGGCGUUUCACCCGCGUCAUUGUUACAACAUAGGCAGCUUCGGUCGAGGUUAGAUCUUUUAAAAGGUGACAGGCAGGUAGUAGACAGGGUUCACAAAAUGCAACAAAAACAGAUGAAUAGUGCUGGAGGAAUGUUAAGGAACUUAAAUGUAGGUGAGAAAGUUAAGGCUCGAAAUUUUUCAGGGAAAAAUAAGUGGUUAAUGGGUACAAUAGAACAAAAAUUGGGAUCUCGACAUUAUUUGAUUGGUAGGGAAGAAGAUCCACCCAUAAAAAGGCAUAUAGACCAAGUUGCUACAUUAAACGUACCAUCUGCUUCUACUGACGCGGGUAACGAAGCAGAGCUUACGACUACUGAGCAGAUUAACUGCUGAACAGGUAGUAGACACUUUAACUACAUCCGAGCGUCGUCAUAGUGACGUCACAUAUGAAAGCGAGGGUGCGCAAGCGACGGAGCGUCCGGUUGACGAGACAACAUCCACUAAUGCACCACCCGUGAACCUUCCUUCCGGACGAGAACCACCCCGUGUCAGAAAACGACCUCUAAGAUUUGGUUUUGAGAUCGAUUAGCUCAUAAACAAUUUAAGAUAUGAAGUAUUUUAUUUUCUUUUGUAUAAAUGUUAUGUAAGGCCUUAGUAUUAAUUAAGUGGUAGGGUGUAACAUAUGUAUAAGUGGGUAGCUGUAAUAAUUAGCUAUUUAAGAUUGUCAUUUUUGGAAGGCACUCAUCUCCGCAAUAAAUUCCGU